AUGGGACUAAGCUACGCACACCGGGACAAGCGCUUGGAGAUUGAUGAACUCCCUGAGGGAGCAGUGAAGCCUCCAGCAAAUAAAUAUCCUAUCUUCUUUUUUGGGACUCAUGAAACUGCAUUCUUGGGGCCAAAAGACCUCUUCCCAUACAAAGAAUAUAAAGACAAGUUUGGGAAAUCGAACAAACGAAAAGGAUUUAAUGAAGGCCUGUGGGAAAUAGAAAAUAACCCUGGUGUCAAGUUUACUGGAUACCAGGCAAUUCAGCAACAGAGCUCAUCAGAGACUGAGGGUGAAGGGGGGAAUACAGCAGAUGCCAGCAGUGAAGAGGAAGGGGAUCGGGUAGAAGAGGAUGGGAAAGGCAAACGGAAGAACGAAAAAGCGGGCUCAAAACGGAAAAAAUCCUACACUUCAAAGAAAUCUUCCAAGCAGUCACGGAAAUCUCCCGGUGAUGAAGAUGACAAGGACUGCAAAGAGGAAGAAAAUAAGAGCAGCUCGGAUGCUGGGGAGGCAGGCAACGACACAAGAAACACCUCUUCAGACUUGCAGAAAACUAGUGAAGGGACUUAACCAACAUAUUGACUGCUGCAUAUUAAGGGAAGACACAAGAUGAUUACAUGUUUGGUUGUCUAAUAUUCUUGGAUUUGGUAGAAGUCAGCACAUCUGUUCAUCAGCAGCAUCUCUGUUUGUUUGCACAUUUAUCCACAUUCCUACCCAUCCUGUUUGCAGAAAGCAACUUUCAACUUCAUUGUUACCCACCCACCCCCACAGAGAGGGACCCCUUUUAUGAACUUCAUUUUAUUUAAUCACGUAAAGAUGCCCUUUUCCAGCCCAGAAAACAUGAUGGGCAGCAACAUUGCCAACGUGCCCACAUUUAGAUGCCUUUUGCAACAAGAGGGGGCCAUGACUUCAAACUUCAGCCAUUGCAUCUGACCAAGCGGAGUCUGGCUUACGGAAAGCUUAUGCCACAAUAAAUUCGUUAGUCUUUAAGAUGCCACAAGACUCUUUGUUGUUUUGGCUCCAAAUUUUAAAUCAUUCUUGCUACUUGUCUGCUUUUAUUCAAAAAGAAAAUAUAUAUAUAACGCACUUGGAAAUAAGUACCCUCUCAUAAAGAACCUCAAGAAUUCAGUCAACUUACAAACCAUGUUUUUUUACAAUUAUUCUUUGUGUAUUUUUUUAAUGGUGUAAAGGCCAACGGGCUGCCCAACAGCGUGGAUCCAGCACCCGAAGCUAUUUUGUGUGACCCUUCCAAAUAGCAGUCAACAACACAUGGUAAAAGAAAACAAAACACAACACAAUGGCUUGCCCUGCAGUUUCAUUUUUAGGGAAAUUGGGGGGGAAAUCAAGUUGUAAGAAGCGGAGAUACACCCUCAUCUCCCUUUUGGAUUUUGUAUGCCACAUGUAAAUGUACAUAUUUGUAUGUAAUGCUAUGCCUGAGAUUGAGCUCUGUGAAGCUGUUAAUACAAAAUAACACUAUGAUGGCACCCACCCAUUCAUGAGAGGGUCAAGUUUAUGCGCAGUGGAAUAUUCUUUCUCUCUCCCCUCUCUGUUUGGAGGUUAAAUUGCUCUCCUGUUUCCACCUAAGAAUACAAAAUAUGGCCAUCUCCGAUUGACGAUCUGAUAACAUCUACUCAAGUUGCAAUCCCUGCUCAAAACUCAACAAUGUAAGAAAAUACUUUUCCUUAUUAGAAAUACCUAGCUAGCUAUACUCUUUAAUACUUCUCAAAAUCAUGAUGUAGCGUAAGUUCUCUGACUUAGUUCCUAUAUGUGGAGUUAGUGAAAGUCUUUUGUGUUUCUUUAGAUAAAAACAAGGAAUUUUUUUCAACACCAACACAAUUUGAGCUUGACACAGGAUUUUUUUGUUUGUUUGUUUGUUGGGAUGCCUUCAGGGUUUUUUUUUUAUCAUACUGUGAUGCGGAAGCCCUAUGGAAAAUCAAACCAAAACACCCACUUUUUGUUUUUUUGUUAAAGAAAAGUUUAGUAAAGAAAAAAAAGAUUCUGCCAUAAUCUUUUCUGAUUUUUCUCCCCCUUCUUCCAAAACUAGAUCUAGACUAGUAAGUAAGCAUUCCAAACUCCAUUAUUCUGUGUACAUUAUUGUUGCUAUUGUGAGAAUAGAGAAUUUUAUUUAUUUUUUAAUGCCAGCUUUUAUUGUGAAAACAUGGGUUUAGUCCGGUUUUAUCAAUCCUUGUUAUGCUUGUCCUUGGACCAUCUUUUGCGUACUCAAGGUUUGUAGUUGAAAAGUUUACUGUACAAAAACAAAAAAAAACAAAAAACAAAAAAAAACAAAAAAAGUAUUGUUUUUACAGAAUAAAUUUAUUGGAAUGUGUAUCGGGAGUAAGGUUUGAGGUUGUAAGCAGCUAAGUUAGCGUCGUAUUUGGCUUCAUACGUGUAACAAUGUGAGGUAUUCAUGUAACUUGAGUAUUAAAGCAAAGCGUUCUGUUAAC